UGCGACACUACGCAUCGAACAUGAUUCUGAGGCAGAUGUUCCGUGGAAUAUCCGCAUGUUCGACUGGACUAGCAGUUUUUAGCCGGGUGGCAAAACCACGGAGUAGUAUAUGCAUUGCUUCUGUAAACUUUCACACGGACCAAUAUCGAUUAGCUAGCUCUGCAUUUAGCCGCAGACUUUUGUCAAAACAUUCGUUGAACACUACAGGAAACAUGGAUUCAUGCAACUUUUCCAACUCUGCCUCGGGAGAUUCGACACAGAGGAUAGUUUGGGUCGAUUUAGAGAUGACAGGACUGGACAUAGACAAAGACGAGAUUAUUGAGAUGGCCUGCAUCAUCACAGACUCAGAACUGAACAUCCUGGCUGAGGGACCAAAUCUGAUCAUAAACCAGCCAGAUGAACUCUUGGAUGGGAUGUCGGAAUGGUGCAAAACACAUCAUGGCAACUCAGGCCUGACGCAAGCAGUUCGGAACAGCAAGAUUUCUCUUCAAGAUGCAGAGAAUGAGUUCCUGUCCUUUAUCAAAAAGUACACCCCUCCUCGUCAGUGUCCGCUAGCAGGGAAUUCCGUCCAUGCUGACAAAAGGUUUCUGGAUAAAUACAUGCCCCAGUUUAUGAGCCAGCUCCAUUACCGCAUCAUCGAUGUCAGCACAGUCAAAGAGUUGUGCAGACGGUGGUACCCAGAGGAGUAUAAGAAAGCACCUUCAAAAAAGGGAUCUCACAGGGCGCUUGAUGACAUCCGGGAGAGCAUAGAGGAACUGAAGUUUUACAGAGGCGCCAUUUUCAAAACACCACAGCAGUGAUCUCUAGGGGGAGCUAUAGUCUGGGACUUGUAGUGCAGUUUUUGACAAUGUUGUGUUUGAGUUGUCUGUGUUCUUGCUGAGUUUGCAACAUGCUUCCAGAAUGUCAAUAUUUCAUGAUUUAAAAAAUGUAAAAUCUGACAUCAGCUAAGCACCUACCUACAAAUAACAUUCUAAUUAUACUUUAACAGUUUGCAAGUUCAGCAUUACUGUUUCACACCCUUGUAGCGUUUUCUGAUUGAUGGCUUCAUUGUAUACAGUGACGUUAUUAUUAUGAAUUAAACAGGCACAUUUCAAGCGCUAAUGCUACAAGCAUUGAAGCAUGGACAUUUCAAGCGUUACUGCAAGUGCAACAUUUCAAGCGUUAGUAGGAAUUUCAGUCACAACAAGCAUGUUCAUGAAUAUGAAUCUCAAUAAAUGCUGCUGUUCUUUUGUA